AUGAAGCUUCUGCAAGCAAGACAUCUCCAGGAGCCCUGCACCCCUGACCUGCUGAUGAGCCCCAGUGAGGGGGGAGAUGGGGAUUUCUCAGAGAUGGAAUACCCGGCUGACCGGGGGAACUGGACUGGGAAGCUGGAUUUCCUUCUCUCCUGCAUUGGGUACUGCGUGGGGCUGGGGAAUGUCUGGAGGUUUCCAUACCGGGCUUAUAUCAAUGGAGGAGGUGCCUUUUUGAUCCCCUACUUUAUCAUGCUGGGUAUCUGUGGAAUCCCCAUCUUCUUCAUGGAGCUGUCACUGGGGCAGUUCUCCAGCCUGGGCCCCCUGGCAGUGUGGAAAAUCAGUCCGUUCUUCAAAGGCGCUGGUGUAGGGAUGAUAGUGAUUGUUUCCCUCGUAGCAAUUUACUACAACAUGAUCAUCGCCUAUGUGCUCUUUUACCUGUUUGCCUCCCUGAUCAGCGACCUGCCCUGGCAGCACUGUGGAAACUAGUGGAAUACUGACCGCUGCCUGGACCAUCACGCGGUCCGCGUGGGGAACGACUCAAGGAGACAGAGCAGCCAGCCUCUAAACACCACAGGGACCGUCAGUCCCUGUGAGGAGUACUGGAGCCGUUAUGUCCUGCACAUCCAGGGGAGCUCAGGAAUCGGAAAUCCAGGUGGAGUCCGCUGGAAUCUGUGUCUCUGUCUCCUCCUCUCCUGGAACAUUGUUUAUCUCUGUAUCCUUAAAGGAGUCAAGUCAUCAGGGAAGGUUGUCUAUUUUACUGCAACUUUCCCUUACGUCAUCCUGGUAAUGCUUUUCAUCCGAGGGGUUACUUUGGAUGGGGCCUGGAAGGGAAUCAAGUUUUAUCUGACACCACAAUUCGACCAUCUCCUCACUUCAAAGGUGUGGAUAGAAGCCGCUCUGCAAAUAUUCUACUCUCUUGGGGUGGGUUUUGGUGGCUUACUGACCUUUGCUUCUUACAACACUUUCCACCAGAACAUUUACAGGGACACCUUCAUCGUCACGCUGGGGAAUGCAUUCACAAGCAUCCUAGCAGGCUUUGCUAUCUUCUCAGUGUUGGGGUACAUGUCCCGGGAGCUUGGUGUACCAGUUGACCAAGUUGCUAAAGCAGGUCCAGGCCUGGCAUUUGUUGUGUACCCUCAGGCCAUGACAAUGCUCCCAUUGGCUCCUUUCUGGUCUUUCCUCUUUUUCUUCAUGUUGCUAACACUAGGACUCGACAGCCAGUUUGCAUUUAUGGAAACAAUAGUCACUGCUGUCACCGAUGAGUUUCUAUUCUACCUGAGACCAAAGAAGGCAUUUUUCUCUGCAUGCGUCUGUGUUGCCAUGUUCCUUAUGGGUCUGAUACUCACAACAGAACAUAACAUUAUGUUUUGACUGCUGGUCUUAUUUGAUGAUUACAGUGCAGGGUUUGGACUAAUGGUUGUGGUGAUAGCUUCAUGUUUUGUAAUUUCCCGCAUGUAUGGUGUGGAGAGGUUUUCUCGGGACAUAAAGAUGAUGGUUGGCUUUGAACCAGGAAUUUAUUCCAAGGCUUGUUGGAGCUUCUUUUCCCCAGUUACUAUGCUGACACUGCUUGUGUACAGCAUUGUGAAGUACCAGCCCUCGGAAUAUGGAAACUACAAAUUCCCCCAUUGGGCAGAGGUCUUGGGCAUUCUCAUGGGAGUGUUCCCCUGCCUCAUGAUACCAGCUGGGAUGCUGAUUGCUGUACUUCAGGAAGAAGGAACACUCUUAGAGAGAAUAAAACAGGCAGCAAGGCCAGCAUUGAACUGGGGACCCGUAUUGGAAGAAAACCGCACAGGCAUCUAUGUGAACACCCUCCAAGGAAGCCAGUCUCCAAGGCCACUGAUGGUCCAUAUCAGAAAAUAUGGUGGAAUCACGAGCUAUGAGAACACUGCUAUAGAGGUGGAUAGAGAAAUUGAGAUGGAGGAGGAAUCCAUGAUGUAAAUAUCAGUUCAUGCAUAAUAACUGCCAGAUGACAAAGAAAAAGAAUGAACAUGUGCCACCAUACUUUCACACUCAAAAUACAAACUGUAUAUAAGUAAGUGAAUAAAUAAAUAAAUAAAAUGCCCCUUAAACUAUCCUAAAGUGCACAGAUAAUUAUAUGU